GGAGGCAGAGGCGGUUGUGAACGCGAGUCGCGAUGCUUGAAUGCGCCUUGAUCGCGGACCCCGGUUCCUGCUGAAGUUACUAAACAGCCUCUCUCCUGCUGUUGAGAAGUGGAUCAAAAGUCUGCAGCAGAGACCAUGAGCUACUGCUAGACUGUACCUCUGACUUCCAGUUUGAAAGGGGGGUUUGAGGCGCCAGGCACCAUGGCAGACUGGGUGGUCCUCGGACUGAUUGCAGUUCUCGUGCUGUUGCUGUUGCUGACUGUCUUUGGCUUCAUGGUCUACUCGGGACUCUUCACGGAAGUAGUUGUUAGUGCUGGCACGCCGCCCAUCCGCAGCAUCACUUUAGCGUACAAGUUCCGAGUGGGACCCUAUGGCGAGAGUGGACAGCUGUUUACAGAAAGCUGCAGCAUCUCUCCGAAGCUCUGCUCCAUCUCUGUCUACUACGACAAUCCUAUCACGGUGCUGCCUGAGAAAUGCCGCUAUGCUGUGGGGCGCAUCCUGAGUGAGGGUGAGGAGAAGCCAUCAGAGGAGAUGAUCCAGCUCUUCCAGAAGUUUGGCUUCAAGAUCUUUUCCUUUCCAGCUCCCAGCCAUGUGGUCAUGGCCACCUUCCCAUUCACCACACCCUUGUCUAUCCACCUGGCAGUGAAUCGGGUUCACCCAGCUCUUGACACUUAUAUCAAGGAGAGGAAGCUGUGUGCCUAUCCCAGGCUGGAGAUCUACAAAGGAGACCAAAUACAUUUUUUGUGUCCCCUUGCCCGCCAAUGGGACUUCUACGUGCCUGAAAUGAAAGAGAUUGAGAGGAAGAGCCGAGCAGCAGUUGCCGAGGCUGAAGAUGCCCAGACAGACAUCACAGGGGCUGACACCCUGAGUGAGACGAGUUCCAUCAGCCUGGAGGCGACAACUGACAGCCGCGAGACCUCCGUGGCCACCUCCAUCCUGUCACCAUUCACAGCUGGCCACGGCCGGGAUGAGACAGACAAUCGCAGCGAGCACAGCUACAGUGAGUCGGGGGCCAGCGGCUCCUCCUUUGAGGAGCUGGACCUGGAAGUCAGUGGGGAUGGCGAUAGCUCAGCAGCGCUACCUUCUGAACUGAGCUACACAGAGGACCAGGAGAGCAUGAAGACCAAGUGGACCAAGGAGCCUAUUGCCUUGGAGAAGGAGAGGGGAGAAGAAUAAAGCAGAGUCCUUCCAGCUUCCUUGCCUUUAGUAGGGAUUGUAAUCACAGAGAACUGAUUGCCUGUCCUGUUUUCUUUCUCUCCAACCAAGAGAUUUCAGUCACUGAUUCUUAUUGAGACCUGCUCCCUGCUCUCUGCAGAUGGGCACUUUGAGUGGUAGAGAGAAGGACGGUUAUACCAAGGGGAAUUGUUGCUGGGAGCUGUUCUGCAGUAGCCAUUCACCAGCAUAUGUAUUAUAGCAGAGAGCUGGGGGGCGGAGGUGCAGUCUGUUUGAUGAGCAGUGAAAUGUACUUGCAGUUUGUGUGUCUGUAAAUGCACCAUGAGCUCUGCACAAGCCAGUGGAUGUGUGUGUGUGGACAACCCAGGUCCUUUCCCCACCCCCACACCCAGCCCCUUCCUCUCCUCCAGGCAGCCUGUUUCUCUGUCACACAGACACAUAUUUACUGGCACCAAAGAGCAAACAAUGGUUUUGUUCCAUAAAAAUGAAAGGUACAAUGUAAAAUCGGCGUUCUGAAGCUGACAUCAGAGCGUUCGGGAUCUGUAAUAAAGUGAAUGCUUUUGCUCUGA